CGGUUUUUCAAUGUUCCACAGAAAUGACAGAAUAACAAAUAUUUAAAUUGUUAUUCUGUGGUUGUUCACUUGUUUCGAACUGAGAGAAUAUUAGAUAAAUUAUGAAGUACAGAUUACUAGGAAAGACGGGAUUAGAAGUAUCAAUCCUCAGUUUUGGUGAGUAUUGAAAUUUGACGUUCGGAACAGAAAGCUGAAAGAUGAGAUUUUCUUAUUUUCUUUGUGGGGUCACUGAUCACUGGGGUGAAUUUGGCUUUUAUGUCUUUUAUAUUAUUUCCAAGGUGUAUGUUGUGUGGUUUUCAAUUUUUGGUGGUUUGAUCUUUGCAGUUUUGAUCUGUUUCAUGGUGUGGAAAAUUUUGAAAUUGUGCACCCGAGAUUUUGAAAAUUUAUAUAGUAAAAUCUAUAUUAUAAUAAUCUAUAAUAUAUAUACAAAAUCUGCAUUAUAUCAUCUAUAAUGUUAUAAAAUUUUGUAGAUGGAAACAGGGAUGUAGCAAGCCCCUAACCAGGCACGUAAAUUUGGACAAGGCUGCCCCUGGUCCUACUGGAAUUGAGUGCCCCAAAGGCAGGGGAUCCUAUACAUCCUUUUGAAGUACCAUGAAGCUCUGACAGUAUGAACAUUUUGCUAGUCAUUGAGAAACGAAUUUUAAUGGUCUCUUAAACUGGAAAAAAUAAAUAUAUAGCAAAAUACAAAAAAAAACACUUGUAACUAUAAAAUAACACUAUGGAGAAAUUGUUUUUGACAUAAACAAUGAAAUGUUUUCCACUGUACGUAUGCACAUACAACCUUAAAUGAACAAGGAUCCCGGAUAUAGCACAGUUCAGGGUGCCCCUCUGGAAGCCUGACUGCCCGGGUGCCCCCGGCUCUUACCGGCAGGGGCGGAUCUAGGGGUGAUCAGAGCGAUCACGCGACUAAGGUAAAAAUUGGCCAGAAAAAUGGAAAAUUGUUAAAUUAAAAUAGCAGUCCAGUUAUCAAACUUCGUGCAGUGUAAUGUAUUGAAAGUUUAACAGUCCAGUUUUGAAAUAUCAUUCAGUAGCAAGGCCUUCGAACAUGAACGCGCAGAAAAGCGGUCUUACGCAUGAGUUUUGCACGCUCUGAGUCAGAUUCCAACCAUCUGAUUUAUCUCGAUUUUUGCGCGAUCUGUGGGGAGUUCUGAUCGCUAAAGCGAUCAGGGGCUCGAAUACAGGCUAUCCGAUUGGCUAAUUCAAAACAAUCCUGAAUUCCCAUUGGCUGGAUUUUUUUGAUCGAUCAUACCGUUCAGGCUUCAUUAGUGCACGGAAAGGUCUAUGACGUUUCUGGCCCUUUCUGAUCGCUACUUAAUUGUGCUUGACCGCAAAUUAUUAAAGUUCAAUGGGAAGAUUUACUAUCAGAAAUUCUGAACUAAUACGAGCCAUAUUUGUUAGUAUUUACGAAACUGUAAAGGCUGCUUAAGAGAAUAACGAUCGACCAAAUGUCAAAGAUAUUGAAGCUGAUUUAAACGAGCGAUAACGGUGUACCGAAGCUUUCUAUUAAACUUUAUUGAGCGUUGUGAAUAACAUAAGCAGCCUUCCUCGCACGAAAUUUUGGUGCGGAAUCUUACAUCCUGAAGUACGUUCGAGAGAAGACAAAAAUCUUUUGUAAGGCCUUAAGAUAAAUAUAUUCUAUUUUAACUAGAUAUAGCAUUAUAACUGUUGUAGACUGUGGUGGAUUGUGCGUCUGUAUGCACAUGCAUGCUAUAUAAAUAUCGGCGGGUACGCGUAUAAGACGUAUAAUAAUAUGAGACGAAAUUUACAUGAUAUUUCCGUCAAUUUAUAUAAAUACUGCGGCUUCAUACAGGCAGUUUCAGUGUGUUUAUACUUUGUUUAUGUAUCUUGUGACAUGUAGACUUUAUAUAUUAAUCAGAUCGCUACUUAAUAACACUGUUUAUAUCUAUUUAAUAUUUUAAACUACAAGAACACGACAAUGUAGCAUGGCCUUGUGUAAUACGAUCUCUACAACAUGUACACAACAAGUAAAACGGAUCAUGUUGCCAUUGUGAAUACUUAUUUAUGGCGCAUGUUUCUGCUACGAAUGAAACUCGAGGAGCAGUGAAUUAAACGUGGAAAUUCUCUUCCUGCUUAACUAUCAAUCAAAUGUUUUAAACUGCAUCACUAUAUUGGAUUUUUUUACCAUCCAUGUCAAAGGAAAAAAUAUGCGAUUAAAUAACAAUUUUUAAAACGUCAAGUCAUCCUUGUCAAUCUAUUUCUCGAUGAGAAUAGGAUAUCUGUCUGACAUUUGCCGAAAAAGCAAUUUCUUAAGUUACAUUUUUUCGUAAACAGAACACAUAUAAAAAAUAUUAAUUUGCUUCGCAACCCCCCUCCCCCCUCCGACCCCAGUCAAAAGUACCCCCUCCGCCAGUAAAAAGUACCCCCUCCCCCAAUGUUCAGCAACAAAAUUUUUGACUAACGUACGAAAAAUCCUAGAUCCGCCCCUGCUUACCGGGUAGAGCUCAUAGGAGUUAUGCCACUGCCCCCAACGUAGCGUAGUGUAACCUCCCCCCAACUGUGAGACUCCAAGUUUAAAUUUUGACAUUUUCAGGUAAGAUGUGCAUAAUAAAGUCAUUUUUGUGAAAUGAUAACCAUAUUUAUAAAAUACAGUCAAUUUAGAUCCAAUUCGCUUGUGAAUUUGCUUUACAGAAAACGCCAGUCGCCAAGUCCUGGAGCUUCAAAAAUGUAAAAAUUUUCUGAUGGAGGAUCCCCAGACCCCCUUAUAUAUAAUAUAUGAACAACAAGAGCGAGUAUUUCACUGGGAUAUCCAAAUUCGAGAAAACAAUGUAUGAGAACACGAGCGCGAAAUAUGGCUUCUCAAAUGAAUCGAGACGUAACAGAAUGUUUUAUUUUGCUGAUUUGAAUAGAAUUCUUAACCAAGCAUAACUUAAUUAGGAAUUCUAUUCAAGUAAUUUUGCAUGCGUAAUUAAGAUAUUUGAUGAAAACACUAGUGACUUUCAUCAAGUUUCACCGGGUUGUCCAAAUGGCAUAUUAAUAAAUUAUUAAUGAAUUUGAGAAAUAUAUAUCUAGGUCUAAUAUGAUAAUUUCCAUCUUCCAGAUCCUUCAUCUAUAAUGUUAUACCUCACACAAAGCUUGUCCAAUCAAAGAAUUGUGUUUAUACCACAUGACCAUGAUAUUUUUCAGCAAAUACCAUGAGUCAAUUUCCCAGGGCAUGGUAUUUGACUCCAAUAGGACAAACUUCAAGGUCAAUGAGUUAGUAUUACAUACAACUUAAUGCAUGUAAAUAUUUUUUGUAAAAAACAAGCCAUGAUAGCAUAAUGCAUGGCUGCAACAACUGAAGGCAGUCCAAGUUGACUACUUGACUGGGGCCGUAGCCUGAAAAUUACUAAUUUCCUGUUCCAUGUUUGAAAUUAUAUCCGGUUUUGCAGACAAGAGAGUUUCUUCAAUCAUUUUUAGCAUAUAUUACACAAGAUAUCAUAUUCUACUCUAAUGCACUGUACUGUGCAAUACUGUAGUGCAAUGGUGGUACUAUACUGUACUGUACUGUACUGUACUGUACUGUACUGUAUUCAGUAUUGUGUCACAUUCUCUUGUAGUAAGCUGCUGUGAUUGUACGUGUUGGGCUCUACCGGUAUCUAUCAUUUGUCUUUAUAUUGUGUUUUAUUGUCAGUGACUCAGUGUUCAUUUUGAAGUUGCAAACAACUGAUUACUGGCAAAUAAAAAAAAUUGCGUUUACCUUUUAGGUCAGUGUUUUGGUAUUAGAAAACUGUAGAUUGAUAGUUCGACGUUUCGAGUGAAUGCCCUAUAUUAUUAUCACUACCUACACUGGCACAGACCGUCCGUGUUUGUAGACGUUGUGCACAAUGCGCAUGCCUAAUUGUGAAAAUUACUGUGUAUUAGAUUUUGCAUGUUAAUUCUAUAAACAUGUGUAGAAGAAUAAAAAUUGCAGUGAGUACGUCGCCUUUCUUUUGCUCAAGGUGCGUCAUCAUUAGGCAGCGUAUUUCGUUCAACUAAAGAAUCCGAGUCCAUUGAAGUUGUUCAUGAAGCACUAAAGAGUGGUAUUAAUUAUAUUGAUGUGGCACCUUGGUAUGGUCAUGGAAAAGCUGAGACAGUCUUGGGCAAGGUAUACUAACAGUCUUUAAGAGAAUUACAGGUCUCUAUUCUCAAAUUCACCCUGGAAGCACACCCAUUUCGAGAGGAAAGAAAUUAAUACUCAUGGUCCUACCACCCCCUCUUUUCCCUUUACCAUAAAGAAAUAUAUCUGUAUUGUUAAGAUGUAUUACUUUUCGCGGAAAGAAAUAUAUCUGUAUUUUUAAGAUGUAUUACUUUUUCUUUUUUUUUUACUGUAUUAAGAUGUAUUACUUUUUUUCUUAUUUAUUUUUUUGAUGUAUUAGUUUAAGCUGAUCACAUUCUCCUGAAUAAAUAAAGUGCCACUCUUUUAAGCCCCCUGGCCCCUCUCUAAUAACCCUCCCCCCAACGUUCCUGAAGAGGAUUUACGGAAUUUUCAGUCUUCGCUAUCUAUUUACAGGUAAACUACUUGAAGAGUUUCUCUUUUGACUUUCUAACUCAUUUGGAAUUUUCCUCAUCAGCUUCGCAAAUUUGAAAAACUCUUUCAAAUCCCUUGAGGGAAUUUGCAAUGUUCCUAUCGGCUGUUGCAAUAGUCCAAUGCAAAAAAAAGUAAAUUGUUCCUGUUUUAAUUUCCUGACUUCCUGUUCUGUUCCGAGCGUUGUCAUUGGUGGAUUAUUUUUGUUAGCCAAUUGCAACGCGCAGAACAGAACAGAACGGAACAGAACAGAACAGAACAGAACAGAAUAGAACAGAACAGAACAGAACAGAACAGGAAGUUAGUGUUACAAGUUCUUAUAAACAGGAAGUUAAGAACUUGUAACAGGAAUUGAGGAAAAUUUAAUCAGCUUUUAGCAACAUUGCAAAUUCUCUCAAGGGUUUGCAAGGGAGAGUUUUAAAUUGUAACUCAAAAGAGGAACCCUUGACGUAGUUUACCUGUAACGGUAAAAUUAUAGAUAUUCUAUAGGUGGAUUAAUCAACAAAUUAAUGGCUGCCGUGACGUAACGUACAUUCCUUGUACAAAAUAUAAAGGAAAAUGUACUAUAGUCUGUACAGCCGGAAUACACACUUUUUCUUUUGUAAAAUUCUCGUGCAUAAUAAUAUAUUGUCUUAUUGAGGUAAGUAUACAUCAAUUGAGAAUGUACUUUAAGAACAUCUUCUUACUUUAUUGAACAAUAAAAUGAAUAAAUGAUAUUGGUAAUUAAACUUUGUUUUUUCUGAAAUCCUUUUAAAGCUUUCGGAGAUGGGUUUUCGUUGUUUAAUAAAAACAUUAAAAUAUACAAUCACGUGAACAAAACUAAUUUUUCUGCACCCUGCGCCUACAAGGUCAAGGAACUGAAAUAUCUUACUUCGUAAUCUAACAAAUAACAAUGUAUGUAGCGAAGAUAACAAACUAUGCUUUUGUAGGUGAUACAACUAUUUGAAAAAGAAAAAACCCUACGUUUCGUAGAUCCACGCUACUAACUUCCAAACGAAGGGCCUUCGCUCGAAACGUCGAAGUUCUUUUUGUAUUUUUCAGGUAUAGUUAUAAUUACAUCCCUACAAAGACCACAGAAUGUACAUAUUAGCAUAUUCUCGGCCGCCUAAAUUUGUCAGAGACCGAGUUAAAAGUGUAUGUUUCUUACAAAUGGUUCACUUGACCAUGAUGUACAUUAUCAGGACCGCACUCAAACAAUUCCAUUGCAGAGCCAAUUUCUAACGAGCCGAUGACGAGUGAUAUUAUAUUCUUUGUCAAAAAUAUCGAAGAUUCAUAAUGGUGCUCAGCCCAAAUAAACGAACGUAGAAUAAGAAAAGGUAAAUUGAUCAGCCCCAUUUGAAUGCCAGCUUUGAUAACGGUUGUAUUUUUUCUCGGUUUCACGUCGCCUUCUUUGUUUCCAGUCAGUUUAUGUUGAAUCAAAGCUAAUGGGGAAACCACAAAAUUCAAACAUGCAAAGAAAAUAAUGCAUGCGGUUGUUCCAGUAGAAAGUUCAAGAAACACCGGCCCAGUUUGGUGUUGAAGUAGGAUUACCUCCAGCAUUUCGAUUCCGUCAAAUAAAUCCAGCGCAGCGGUGAUUGAAAGAGUUAGUACAAAUUUCCAAUGUUCUGAUGAGAUUGUAAUAUUGAGAAGCAGGAUAAGUAGUAUAGGUGUAAUACAAAGCAUAAAUCGUAUUGCGUUAAUCCCCAGACUUUCAUCAUUUUCAAGUUUAUCAACUACGACACCAAAUAUAACCGCCACGAUUGGCACAAAUGCAAAUGCAAUAUAUGUAAACCAAACUCCCCAAACAUAAACUACUUGGCGGUCGUUUUUGGCAUACUCGUAUCUCAACAAGAAGUAAAGAAAUAUGCAGAUUGAUGGCAGAUAUGCCACGAAAAAUGCCCCGAAACUGCUGCUGAUAUGUCCAGCCAUUAUUAUAGAGAAUACCACUCCUUGACAAAUGUAUAGAGUAAAAUAACUUAUUCCACCAAGCCAGAGAAGUCGUUCAGAGCGAGCCAUAUUUUGGAAAUUUAUCGCGGAUACCAAUUCUCUGUAUUCAGUUCAACUUAGCUGCACAAAGUGAAACAAACCAGGUCCGCAUUAAUAAUAUAUUACGUCUAUAUCGUUCCCAAAACAGGUACCGUAUUUACCACAGAACACAAUGACCGAAUGAAGAUUAAAAUUCCUCAGCCCAGUGGUGAUCUGGCGUAUGUAAUUUAUAGAGGUCUGACUUGGCAAAAAAAAACAACGUAUAACCGGCUGCUCUGUGGUCGCAAUGCAGUCGCCAUGUUCCUAGUCAGUGUUUUUACGAGAUGCACUUCCGCCCCCUGAACACCUAGACCAAGUCCGCUAGUUUGAAUGUUUUCAGGGGGAUGACGGCCUCUCCUUGCCCCACAGGCUAGGAACUUGGAGGCCAGUUACGCCAGUACCAAAGCUAGGCGCUGACACGAGGUCUGACUUCUGUUAAGUUUCUAGUUAAAGACGACUAUAAAAUCUCUUUAUUAUCCAUGCUCAAACAUAGUAUUCGUGAGAAUGGAAUUUUAAUAAGAUCCAGCCGAAAAAUAUCAAUCCGUACCAGAAAACAAUAUUUGACGCAGAACGUUUUUAAGUUAAAAGUCGGAAAAAAGUCGAAGUCGAACCCAACCUCGCAAGCAAGGGCGGUCGAAUCUAUUAAAAGGAUCGUACUCAGCAGGUUACCGACCACUUACCCAAUCAAAACUAAUUUUCGUGCUGGACCACCUGGCCAUGUAAUAAUAGAAAUGUCUAGCUUCAUGCACGUUAAUUAGUCGACAGGCAAAUAGAAAUUUUCAUGAGUCGCCACAACUUCGAUCACAAUUCACGAGUCGAUCAAGUUACCGCGUCGCUGUGACAACGGAGAGAUUCAGAUUUGACUAUACCACUACCGCUACCUUUCACUGGCUUAGUGGUUUACACAUUUGAUUGGUACCUGAUUGGUUAAUAGUAAAGGUAGCGGUAGUGGAAGUCAAAAUCUGAACCUCUCUUAUACUUCUUACGAGGGACGAGCUCCAUGAAUUUCGUCACGAAUCAUGAAACUCAUUACAGCAGUGUUUCCACUCCCCCAAAAAAUAAUUUUCUUCUCCCGGCAUAACCCGAAAUUUCCUUUUUUUCCGAAAUUUUUCAAAUUUCCUUCCAAAAAUUUUUUUCCAAAAUUUUUAUCAAAAUUGACAGAUUUACCUGGUAAUUAACAUCAAAACUCUAGUAUUGAAACACAUUAUAUUAAUUUAUAGCAGAUAACUCUGUGAUUUUGCAGUUUAAAAUCAGCUCAUCUUCGCGUGCAGUUUAAAAUCAGCUCAUCUUCGCGCCGGGCGGAUAAAAAGCAUAAUAAUUGGGGGCUACCUUUGCCGUGGGAGCGAAAAGAGAUUCCAUAUUGUUUCUUGCAUCCUUCCCCUGGACACACACAAGAUUGCCCUAGGAUCUUUCCUGCCAACACUAAGCGGAGUUGAUAUUUCAAUAUAGCGAUUCUGGGGUCCUGUCCCAGAUGCUCCAGGACUGCAUUUAUGGCAUUUUUUGCACAAAAUUGUGUGAAAAUUGCCUUAUUCUUGGAAAUUAUGAGAAAAAAUAGAAUUUCCUUCUCAUUUCCCUCCUUAUAACAAUAUUUCCUCCCAAUUUCCUUUCAAAUGAUAUUUCCUUCCAAAUGAUAUUUCCUUCCAAAUGUCCUUCCAAUGGCCCAGAUUUCUUUCUGGAAGGAAAUUUCCUUCCAAGUGGAAACGCUACAUUACAGUGCGUCUACAGUAAGUGGGGCCACUUGAGAACACUAACCAAUCACAUUGCAGAACGAAAAUAGAAAAAAAUCAACAAACGGCGCAUUAGCCAAUCAGCAUUAGGCCAAAAACAAUUUUAAUAAAUGAACAAAUGUCAAACGGUAUAAGAAUAGACUUUACUGGUAAAAGUAAACACUGCAGUUACUGGCUUCCUGAAGCGAACUCUAUGCUUUCUUUUGAUUGGACGAGCUGCAGUUUGAUUAGAUUUCUAUUUUUGUUCUGCAAUCUGAUUGGUUAGUGUUCUCUAAGUGUCUCCACUUACUGUAGACCAUAGAAAUAAUAGAUAUCUAUUAUUUCUAUGCUGUAAACGCACUGUAAUUAAUAAGUUGUAACUUGUAACUACUGUAUAUAAUCCUGAAUUGAACAGUUCGAAAGAACGCGGUAUGUAUGGUGUAGCGUUCGUUAUAUAUCACUCAUUAUCAGUCUUAAGUAUGGUAACUUUAAAAACAACUUACAUGCAUAUAACCAUCCCAUGCUUUAUACAAGCUAUAUGGAUUAAUUACAGCAAAAAUAACAGCAGAGGAAAUCAGUACCAUGCAUUGCCAUUGGAAAUGGAUGGAUAUAUCUUGUAAAAAAUCAUAUGCUGUUUUUAAUAAUAUUGCAUUUGUAAAUUCUGAAGGCUGAUUGGCUAAGAGCCAUAUUGACAUGACUCAAGCCUCAAGGUCAUAUUUGUGCUAUGUUAUAUCAUAGUUGUGCUAUGUUAUAAAAAAACCCAACAUUUUUCCGUAUUGCACUCAUGGAAAUUGUGUGACUGAAAAAACUCUGCCCAAUUUCUCGUUUUCCCAAUUUCCUCUCGUGUUGAUAUAUAACUGUAUAUCAACACGAAAAAUGUUUAAUAUUUGUUAAAUAUAUAAACUUUAUCGAACCGUAUACAGUAUUUACUCGUUUAAACGGCGCCCUCAAAUAAACGCCAUGUAUGCUCUCAUAAAAACUCCACUUUAUUAUCGUCGAUGCGACGUUGAACUGAAGCACUUUCCUUAGUCCUGACUUCACCCUCCCGGGCACAAGUGUUUCAGUUUUUAUUUUGAAACAAAGCGUUACAGUAAUGAUUAGUAGUAAACAUAUAUGAAGACAUUCCCAUUAUGUUUUUCACUUUGUUUAAUUUAUAGGCAUUGCAGGGUGUUCCAAGAGAUUCAUACUAUAUAGCAACUAAGGUAUUGGUCUUUGUAUACUAAGUAGCUAUACAGCAAGGGAUAUAGCAAAAACUAAAUUAGAAAUCAACUAUUUGUCAUUUUGUUACUAUAGCAUGCAAAAUUAUUGUUUAGUAAUUGCUGCAAGUAACGCUUGUAGAUAAUAGUUGUCUGUCUUUUCUCCCAAAAUUAAUUUCAACCAAGGUAACCAUGCACUGCCGCCGUAUUGACAUUGAGGUGAAUAAUUGUUUUAGCAUAUACCAUAACAAAGCAAAAACGACCAAAAAAACAACGAAAAUAUUUUUUUUUAAAUUUAUAUUUCAGCUCCGGUAAUAUACACGCGUAAAAAUUGAGAAAAUCAACAACUUGUUCCAGGUUGAUAUCAACAGGCGUGAACAAGGUUGUGCGGCCCACUAUGAACAGUAUUGUCAACAUCUUACAGCAUUGUUCAACUGUAACAACUUGGAACAACAUGGUUGACAACUUUUUCAUAUAGUUGGCCGCACAACAUUGUUCACGACUGUCGAUAUCAACUUGGAACAACCUGUGCGUAAUUAUUUGAAGCUUUUUGUAAUUUUAUUCAUUAGGAAUAUAGCUUUAAAGAAUACGUCUAUAAAAGUGUUAAACAAAAUUCUUUGUGGCUUCCUCGUGUUUGGCGUAACUGCGGCUUCGUUUAGUAAAAAAUUGGUCGUCUGUAACCUGACAAGACGGGAAGCCAUUUCGUUUUUGUCCUGAUGUGAAUAGUGCAACGAUAUCCGGAGCUGAGCGACCAAUCAAAUUGCGCGAAAAGCACUAUCCACCUCUCGAGUAUAUGCUAACACCAUGUAUUCUCUUUGAGAUAUUAAAUGUUAAAUAUACCGAAGUUUAUGCUAAUUUAGCAAACAAGCCUGAUUAGCCUUUUUGGUGCUUUCUUGCACAUUUCGAAUUAGGAUUAUAAUUUCACUUGCAUGCAUGCAUGGGCCGUUUUCAAUCAAAACUUUUACACUUCGCCUUAAAUAACAGUCUGUGUUGAAAACUUGUUUACUAAACUGGUAAUGAAAAAUUGCAGUAGCUAGUUAAUUCGAAUCGGUCAAUUACAUGCCCAUUUGAACAAUUUCGCGAAGUACAUGCAGUGGAACCUCGUUAAAUAGCAGAUACAGACACCUUAACUCAUACGUCCGUUAUUAACUGUUUGGGGCUUUUCUAUUGUUUCAUCCUCUUUUGACAUAUAAUGUAAAUAGACGCAUCCUAACUAUAUUAAUCUAUAGCUAAUUAGCUAUGUAUGUGCCAGCAGCAAAUUAACAGUAUAUAUAGAUGCAUGAGAGAAGCGUAUAGGAUGUAUACAAGGCGAUGGCCAGGUGUUCGAUAGAGAGAGUCAAAAGUUCAAAAUGGACAGUUGCUUUUUUAAAUAUCCUGCUAUCUUUAUUUAUGACAUACAUAUGUCAGUUAUGAAAGUGCCCGCUGUGCAGAGUGUCUGUUAGAAAGAGGUUUCGUUCUAUCUUUAUUGCCAGAUUCAGUGGAUUCCUUUACCCUGUGAAUGGAAGAAUGUAGCUAUAUCCAGCUCGAAAGUGACAGCGAAAAGAAACAAUAUACUCGAUUAACUGUCGCAGUCAAUUUGAUUUAAUUAAAUUUGACGAAUUUUCUGUAGGUUGGCCGUUAUCUUCCGGAAGUUGAUAAAAUGUUUGAUUUUUCGAAAGAGAAAAUUGUUGCUGGUUUUGAAGAAAGUCUAGAACGUCUUGGAUUAGAUUAUGUGGAUGUUCUUCAGGUUGGCGAAAGUCCUAUAUAUUCUUUUGAACUUUUUACUUUGGUUCGGUCUACAGUGUAGUGUUCUAGAUAUUGGUAACCAAAAACCAGUACCAGCUGGUAUAGUUAAUUUUAAUAAAUGUUAUACAAAACAAGAUGUUGUGUUUCUUUUCCAUUUAUAAUUUCCGCACGGAAAGCGAGUUUUAAGAACAACUGGACAAAUUUUAGCACACGUAUAGAUAUGUAUUAUAGUUGAACUGGGUUUCAUUGAAGGCUCGUCGUAAUAUGAUUUAUAGGGGUACACAUUAUUCUAGUUUCUACUAAUUUUUCAGGUGUUGGUUUUUACAUUUUGCCAUCUUGAAGAGAAGAUCGUAUCAAACUCGAUGCUUUAUAGCCUUUAUACUAAUAACUCUAAAGUUUCUAACAAAAUAAAUCAAUCAUCUUUACAUUAUGAUUUAACUAAUUUUCAAAUAGAUUCACGAUAUGGAAUUCGCUCCAUCUUUGGAUAUUAUUCUAAACGAAACACUUCCUGCAAUGAUGAAGGUACAGUUUAUGUGCAAGUGGAUUGACAAGGUCAAGGUUCCGAACAUAAAGAUUUUGUUUUAAUUAUAUGUAAUAUGUAUUUCAGCUGAAGGAAAGUGGAAAGGUGAAAUUUAUUGGCGUCACGGGCUAUCCACUUGAGAAUUUUAGGUACGAAAAUUAAGGUUUAAGAGUUUUGUAUGGACAGCUUACCAAUUCAGAGUUUCCACUGCGCAUCCACAUGGCGCGUUCUGCAAUGGUCAGGAUAAAUCGCACCUGAGACCAGAAGCUUUAAAAUGUGCUUGCCAAAGUAUUCGGCUGUAAUUCACACAUUUAUGUUUCACUUAUAGGCAUAAUGUCCAUUAAAUAUUACUUUUUAAUGGAAUAUAUUUUCUAAUUUAUAGCAAAACUACCGUGCUGAAACUAGUUGUUUUUUAGCAACUUUUUGCAUACUCCUGCAAUGUGACCGAACCAGGGCCGUCGCGAAGCGGCUAAAGCAGGGGGUGUAGUACCGUAUUUGCCAACAUUAUUAUCUAAUUCUUAUUCAAUUCGUUUUUUGACCACUACGAAAACAAUUUGCCGACAAAUCCGUCAUUUUACCGAAAAGAUGUUUUCUGGGGGGAGGUGUCACACCCCCACACCCGCUCUAGCGACGGCCCUGGACCGAACAAUUGAAUAUGUUUAAAAUAUGCAUAUUCUAAUUCUUUCAGUCUCAGGUAUGGAUGCCCAGUGAAACUCUGAAUUGGUUUAUGAAGAAAUAUAUAUAUAUAAACUCCAUAUUUAUAUAUAGCGCAACAUUUAAGUUAACUCAUUCAAGAAGAUGAGUGCAAGUGUUGUAUAGUUUAGGCUUAUCUUUGUGCGUAUUGGAUAUAAUAAUACAGGCUCCGAAUACAACAGGUCCCAGGAUGCAUUACGUCAUCAUGGCUUCGUGUUUGACCUAUAGCUUUUUUAUAGGCGAGUAUUGGAGAAAACGACAGUUCCUGUCGAUACUAUUUUAUCAUAUUGUCAUUGUUCAAUGAAUGAUCGAACACUUUUGGACUACAUAGAUGAAUUUAAGGUACUAGCUAUGUAGUUUUAUAGUUAUUUUAAAACAUUCUUAACCUAUUUUCGUGGUUUUAAAUCUCCAGCAAUUAUUUUGAAUUUGAUAUAUCAAAAAUUAAACAAAUGUUUGGAAGGUAGUUCUUUAAUUUAAGCUUAACAGAAUGUUUGCACGGUCGAGUGAUAUAUGCAUGUAUGGCCGUCCUGAGCACGUGCAGGAUUAUUCAAACGUUUGUGGUGACUGUGAAUUCUUCAGCUGGAUCAGUUAAAUGACGUGUGAGAUUUCAAAGUCAUCAGCUGCGAUAAUAUGGCGAUUUUUCUGCAAACUAGUCUAUUGUCGUUCAUUACCGUUUGCUGUCGUUUAUGCGCACCCUCCGGCCCAGCACUUUCCUGGACGGAUAUGAAUUCAAAAAAGAUUAUAGACUCUGUCACACUUCAAUCUGGUUGGUACCUCGUUGGCCAAAACUUGCGAAAUUUACAAAAUGUUAAAACACAAUGCUUAGCUUGCAGUUGAUUCGAAUUUUUUAUAACAAAAUUUUCCUGUUUCUGUUUUGACGCUAGAAUGAUUCGGCAUAUACGCAUGUUUUCAAGAAUUCUUGAGACGACGGUCAUUAUUGACAGUCUAGUCUUCGGCUUUGGAAGAUAAUAUUGACUCCGUCUUAAUAAUUUCACAGUGAGCUCAUUCAUUCAUAGAAAUACGACGUGGGAAUAAUCAAUGCAUCCCCAAUUUCCAUGGGUUUGUUGUCCAACAGAGGACCGCCGCCAUGGCAUCCUGCUUCUCAAGGGAUAAGGAGUGCAUGUAAACAGGCAGCUGAAUAUUGCCAGGUAUGGAUUAAUCUUAAACGUGGAGGGCCACUGUAGAAAAGUAUUUAGUCUGUGUUUCCGAUAUCAGAAUAGUUGAAGUCCAGUUGGAGUUACUGAUCUGCAACAGAUGUGGUUUUGAGUAGAAUUUUCUUCAAAACGGAGUAAACAUCUGAUUCCCUUCACUAUAGUACUAAUAUAUGCCCAAAAGUCGCAGUUUAGUUGUUACAUGCAGGCUGCUAUUUUGAGUACUGCGGUAAGACUCUCGUUUGUUUUCUUAUGCUCGCAGAGCCAAGAUAUCGAUAUUUCUAAACUUGCGAUGAAGUUUUCCCUGGGUGUAGAAGAAGUAGCAACAACUCUUGUGAGUACAGCAAGCUUGAGCAAUCUACGAAAGAACAUUGAGGCAGUUACGGAGGGAUUGACUGAUGUAGAAAAACAAGCAAUGGAUUAUAUCAUAGAAAAGUAAGUCCUGAGUGGCUUUCUCUGUUUUUGGUGCAUGUAAUUUUAAUAAAACAUUUCCCCUCUGUAACCAAACCAAACGGGAAGCAUUUUGUUUAGGUCCGGAGGUGAAUAGUGCAAGGAUAUUCGGAGCUGAGCAACCAAUCAAAUUGCUCGAAAAGCACUUCACCUCCCGAGUAUAUGCUAAUAUGCAUUAAGAGGAGAUUUUUUUGUAUGUUACGUAACACACGUUCAAAAGUAAUAUUGCGUAUAAUAUAUCACUUGAGGUUAUGACUAAAUUCAAAAUUUUUAUUUUUCGAUACGUUUCUCAAUCGGCAAACAAACUGAAAAAGUAUGUUCAGUGUUUUAUCUGUAAAAUAAUGUAUCAUCUAAAAUGAAGAGAUUUUAGAUGAUACGCCAAAGAGAAAAUGAUGUCUGAAGUUCAGUAAGUUUUGCUCAUAUGGCUGUAAAUAUGGCGUCAAUUUUAAAGCAACAUUGAUAAUUAUAUUUUAAUUGAUAAUUAUAUUUUAAUUUAACUAUUAUUUUAUGUUUCUCAACCGGAAGAUGCAUUUAAAAAGGUAGCUAACUCGAUAAACUAGAGAAUAAAGCUAAAACAAAGUAAUUUUGAGAGGAAGGCCAAAAAGAUUUUAGGUUUUGAGCACUUUUCAUUGCAAAUACGUGACAUUGAAAAAAAUUGCCUCUUAAUAGACUCGAGCGGUCUGUGCCAGCGUAUAAUAGCGAAAAUAACACUAGAAAGCUGCGGAUUGAGAGGGUUCAACUACCUGAAAUACUAUACUUGUAUUUUUCAGGUAGUUGCAGUGCUGUAAGUAACUUCGUUAUAAGUAACGAAAUUACAAGUAAUCGUUACUUUUUGAGUAACUGUAACGGUAACUAGUUACCUUUAAAAUAAGGUUACUGACUUACUGCAUGUAACUGUAACUGUAACGAGUUACAUUUUGGCCUAGAAUGAAACGAUAACGCGUUACUUUUAUAGCCAACGUUUACGUUACUUUUUUCGUUACAUUCUUGUGGUUAAAACUUACAAUUCACCUCUCAGUUCUCGAAAUUCUCCUCACGGGUUUCUACGACAACGCAUGCUUCAGUGCUUACAACACAGCUGAGAGAUCCAUUAGUGGUAAGGUUACAUAACGUUUACAAAUAAGUAACGUCAAUCUGCUUACCACUAAUCAUUAAGUUGAAAAAAACUGGUGUUUUUCUUACUUGAAGUAACUUGUAACUAGUUACAAAAAUAUUGAAGUAAUUUUGUAACGGCAACUAGUCACAUUUUUUUAAGUGUAACUUUUACCAGUAACUAGUUCUUUUUUGGGAACGUAACUGUAACUGUAACUAGUUCCAAAAACUUUUACAGCACUGGGUAGUUGAAUCCAUCACAAUCCGCAGCUUUCUGGUAAUAUGUAUUAGCGUUUUUGGUGAUACUAAUAUUUUUCAUUUAGUUAUUUUAGGCAACUUGAAGAUAAGACUUGGGAAGGUGUAGAAGUAAAUGAAUACUGGAAUAAAUUAAAACAGCUUAAAGCUCCUUAAAUCGAAAGGUAAAUUUUUGAGGUGAACUGAGAUUAUUGUGACGAACAAGUUUUCCUUGGCGUCUACUCAGUACACGAAUAAAAGAUUGCGUAAUAAUGACAUGCAGUGUUAUGUGACCGAAGUUGGUCAAUAAACCAGCGCAUAUACUCACGAGCAAGGAAUACUUUUUCGAUAUUUUAAUAAUCCGUGGUCAACAACGUUAUGAAAUUACCGGGAUUUUCUUCGCAACUGCGAACCAGCCAGUCAGAUUGAGUCACACGAUAGGAUAAAUCUCAGUCAUGCACUGUCCACAAAUUAAUUGAUCUAUCUAUUAGAACUGAUCUAUCUAUUAGAAUGACUAUACUUCAUUAUACAGGGCCCGUGUAAUUGGCGAAAGCUGUAGCGUGUGUAUGCCAUGUAUAGCAUGCCUUUGGCGAAGUUAAAUAGCUAGAAAGCUUGUAAAACAUUUAUGCUUUAUUCAUGAAGAUGAAAGUUCGCAUAUAUGUACUUUAUACUAUAUUUGCAAAUUUAGCAAAUACAUUUGGCGAAUAAAUUCGUAUACAAAUUACUCUCGAAUCCAAUGGGCCUUAUGCAGGUUUCCGUCCAAUUUCCAGGAAAUUCAGUUGCAAUACUGGACGUUUUAUGUACUGUUUAUAUCAUUACGAGUGUUCACCAAAAAUUUUGAAUCAAUAGGAUUAAUUCCUCCUGAGUUAGACCGUCUUGAAAAAUAAAAGUGCUGACGUCAGCAUUAUUUUCGAACGUCUUGAGAAACUGCGUUGUACACAAAAUUUAGUUAAAAAUUCUUGUGAAGGUUAAGACGGGACUCCUUACCUGAUAUAAACAAGAAUCUAAACAUUUUGGCCCAAGCGCAAAUGCUUGGUGGUAUAAAAUGACCAAUUUUAUACCACCAAGUGCUUAUCCAAAAAUCAAAUGCUAAAAUAUAGGGGUGCACCGGAACCAGUUUUUUAAGUUCCGGCCGGAACCGGAUCCGACCGGAACUGGAAAAAAGUUCCGGCCGGAACCGGAACUAAUUUAUUAAGCC